AUGUCCGAUUCGAUUCGAUCAUCUAAAGAAGUUUUCUUCCAAAUGUUUUAUGACCUUGAAAUUGUUGCUUUCUCCAUUUACCACGAAAUGGUUCUCUCAGUCCUAGCUUACAACUCCUCAUCCCCUAGCACCUGCCUCCCCAACCUCUGUACCAUCAACAAACGUCUCCGCGACCUCUUCCUCGUCUUCUACGAAAAUCUCACUAAAUUCCGCGUCUCUCACUCCGUCUGGCUUUCCUACGUUCAGGGAUUCCAAGGAUGGGGCGUUGGAAAAAUCGUCAAUGGGGAAUAUGUGAAAUACGAUGGACUUUCUGGAAAUCAUGUCUUGUUCUUCCAAGCUCUAGAUGCGUUCUUGAUAAUGGAUAUAUAUUUGACAGAUGAGAAUAUGGAGAGAUAUAUACCGUUGUUUCGUGCCGCGCAUCGCGCACGUGUAAUGUCGUAUCUCCAAGAGCCAGCUCCUGAACGUCUAGUAAUGACAGCUGGCAAAUCCGUUCUUGAAAACUCGAAUACUAAGAGUUUGGAUAAUGCGUUGAAGCCUUUAGAUGAUAUGCUAGCGGAUAGGUUGAAAGAAACAGCGAAUGUUGGAACUAUAAGUGCUGGAGCUUGA